UAUUAAUAUUUAUAUUUUUUUACAUAAAAGUUGAGAAUUAAAAUAAUUGUUUAAAAAAAAUGAUUUUCUCGAUAUUGUUUAGUUUGAAUACAAUAAUUAUUUUUAUUACCAUUUUGGUAGCACUUUAUUUUUAUCUGACCCGUAACUUCAACUACUGGACGUCUCGGGGAAUCAAUGGCCCGAAACCAAUACCCGGUUUGGGCACAUUUUGGCAACUAUUUUUCAAGCCAAUGGGCGAAAUAAAUUUGGAUAAUUACAAAAAAUAUGGAAAAAUAUAUGGUGUAUUUAUGGCCGAUCGCCCGGUGCUUACCAUUGCCGAUCCCGAUCUGAUAAAGGAAAUGAAUAUUAGAGACUUUCAUUUGUUUGUCGACCGCAACGAUCUGGACACUGGCGACCCUAUGAACGACAGAUCAAUGUUUAACUUGAAGGGCGACGAGUGGAAGAAAAUGAGAUCAAUUAUAUCGCCAACCUUUUCGUCGGGUAAAAUGCGUUCAAUGCAUCCGCUUAUCAUCGACUGUAUCGUACGUCUAGACAAACACUUAGCGGAUAAGACAGAGAUUGAAUUGAAACAAACAAUGGGUAAUCUGACAAUGGAUGUCAUAGCUACCUGUGCUUUUGGCACCCGAAUCGAUACCUAUGCCGAAAAAACUAGCGAUUUUGUACUAAACGCACAGAAAGUGUUUCGCGGCAAUUGGCGGGUUUGGGUGGCACUCAUAUUGUUGAUGAUAUCGAAAAAGUUUGCCAAUUGGUUAGGCGUCAAGUUUCUGGAUCCCGGAGCUGAAAACUUUUUCAGAAAUGCCAUUCAGUCGAUUGUCGUUAGACGUAAAGCCGAAGGAAAUGCUAAAAGAUAUAAAGAUUAUAUACAACUCAUGAUUAACGCACAAAACAAAACACAAGAUACCAUUGAUGAUCAAGAAAUGGAUGACUUAAAUCCGGAGAUAUUCGGUGUUACAGAUAGUCUAAAAUAUAAUGAUCUCAAAGGAGAGGUAACCGAUACGGAUCUGUUGGCCACUUCGUUUGUUUUCUUUGUGGCCGGUUAUGAGACAACUGCCACAGCGUUGGCUCAUCUGUUUUAUUCGUUGGCCGUCAAUCAGGAUUGCCAGCAAAGACUGUACGAAGAGAUCAAACAAAUUGAUGGUAAGUAUGACUACGAAAGUAUCGCCCAAAUGCCAUAUCUGGAGGCCUGUGUCGCCGAAACAUUACGUCUAUACACACCGAUUACAGCAGUCGGUCGUAUGGCUGCCGAUGAGUAUACUAUAGGCGAUACCGGACUAACAAUUCCCAAAGGAAUGCUCGUUAAUUUUGAUGUCGAAACUUUACAUCACAAUCCCGACUACUAUCCCGAACCCGAUCGUUGGAAUCCCGAACGGUUUAUGCCCUACAAUCGGGAUAAGUUAGUUCCCUAUACUUAUAUGCCGUUUGGUUUGGGUCCCAGAAAUUGUGUGGGAAUGAGGUUCGCACUGAUGGAGGCCAAGACAGCCGUCGCAUACCUGAUCACUAAAUAUAAGUUUGUAAAGACAGCCAACACUACUAUUCCGUUGAAACCCAAGAAAUUUGAGUUUUUAUUGAAUACUGGCGACAAGUUUGUCGGUAUUGAACACAGAAAUUAAUUGUUUAAAAUAUUAUUAAAAAAAACAAUUUGUUUUUUUUAAAUUUAUUUUGAGUAUAACUAUUGUGUAUAUGAAUACUAAUAAUAUUUUUUUCUUACUGGUUAAACACAUACAUUCAAACCAAUUAUUUAAUUUUAGUAGACUUAUUGAUGAUUUAGGGAUACAGUACACUGCACUCAGUUACUGGAUAAUACUGUAUAUGUUUAUAACUGAUGAUUAUUUUAAAUAUUUUAUUUUAAAUAUAAAGUGUAUUUAUUUUUAAAAUAAUGUAAUUUUUAAAUACUAAAUGUUAUAGAUAUUAGCAAAUAUUUAU